CGGCGUAGAGACGACGUGAUAAAAUAUUACGUCAUUGCAAUUGCAUUUUAGCUUUCCAAAGCUUUCCCCCAGUUCCCCUCCAUCUCCACCGAUGAUUCGCACCGCGAAUGAUUCCGAGUCUUCUAUUCUCUCUCAAUACCUCGCCUAUCCUUUCGAUUCGGAUGCGAAUUUCAAGGUCUAUCUGACAUAGUGUCUCUCGCUGGCACUAAUCGCUCCACGGAUGUACCGGAGGACACUAUUCGUUCCAUGCGCGUGUUUUACUUCAAUCGCUUACUGGGUCAUUCCUUGUCUGUAGCCGAAGUCCAAGCGUAUGAACAAAGCAAGAAUUCAACGAGGGACAUUUCUACCUCAGCUCAAGCUUCAACCUCUCAUAUUGGUGUCGAAGCCAACGAUGCCGAACCGCUUUCAUUCGCACAAAUUCAGGCUUUGAUUGAGGCAGGAAGAAUGGAUGAAAUUCCGAAUAACAAAACUAUAUGCACGGAUCUGAACGCCGCAUCUCUAACUAGUAGUCCCACUGCCCCGCCUAGGAAAAAACCAUGGGAGAACGAGGUCGACCUCUCUCCAUCGUAAGGAUGUGUUUACUAAGGAAAGCGGGAAACCAGAGGAAACCUAAAUAAGUGUUCUAAGCGCCAAUCAGCCUACCAGAAUGGGUCAUUUUUAUCUAUUUACUGACAAUAGUUUAUGCCUGAAGUGUAUCGCACCAGCCAUCGCUAGAUGUAUAACUAUAGUUGUACUUACACAAUUUUCAUAUGAAGCAAACGAU